AUGCCGACCGAGACAGAGGAGGACGAGCGCGAGCUGCGCCAGCUGGGCUACCAGUCCGUCCUGGCGCGUGGCUGGGGCGCGUUCGACAACUUUGCGUGCUCCUUCUCGGCGCUGUAUUGCAUCGGUGGCGUACGCGUGCUGUUCUAUAUCGCGUUGAGUAACGGGGGGCCAGCAGCGAUGUGGAGCUCUUGGUUAUCCGGCAGCGUGCUCUCGAUCAUCACGGCGGCCACGCUGGCAGAAGCGUGCUCGGCGUACCCUGCCGCCGGCUCGAUCUACUACUGGGCCUUUCGCUCGUGGGGGGGUGGCCGCGCCGGGCGGUUUGUCUCGUUUCUGGUCGCGGCGUGGACACUCGUGGCGUGGACGUCCUUCCUGGCGACCGACUCGUUCGGCGUGGCCAACUACCUCAUCUCCGAGAUCGUCGUCUUCAACCCGGACACCACCUUUCCCUACGACACGGCGGAUGUGCGCGCGCGCGCGGUGGCCUGGGCGCUCUCGUUGCUGUUUCUGGCGCUGGCCACCGCGCUCAAUUUCCUCCCCCCGCGCUCCUACGCCUGGGUGUUCCGCGCAGGCGUGGUCGUCAUCGCGAUCGACAUCGUCUUGAAUUUCGUCUGGCUGCCCAUCGGCGUGGCGCGCACCUACGGCUUCCAGCCCGCCGAGUUUGUCUUCACCUCGACCUACAACGGGGGCGGCACCGCCCCGGGCCUCAACUGGGUGCUCUCCUGGUACCUGCCCGCCAGCUGCCUGGUCGGCCAGGACGCCUCGGGCCAUGUGGCCGAGGAGACGGUGUCGGCCAAGAAGGCGGCCGCCAAGGGGGUCUUCUGGGCGACCGUCGCGUCCGCCCUGUGCGGCUUCCCCAUCAUCCUGCUCUUCCUCUUCUGCAUGCCCUCCAUCGAGACCUUCUACGCGACCUCGGCCCCGCAGCCGUUCAUCCAGAUGUACGCCCUCGCGCUGGGCCCGCGCGCACACGUCGUGGCCACCGUCGUGGCCAUGGUCGGCGCCAUCCUCAACACCUCCAUCUCACUCGUUGCCGUGUCGCGGCUGGUCUUCGCCAUCUCACGCGACUCGGUCUUCCCCUUCAGUAACGUGCUGUGCCGCGUCUCGGCCAGCCGCCAGCCGCGCAACGCCGUGGUUUUCAUUUCCAUCUGCGCCGCCCUGCUGCUCUGCACCCAGCUGCCCUCGCAGGUCGCCUUUGCCAGUCUCACCUCCACCUCGGCCGCGGGCUCCAUCGCCGCGUAUGGCCUGGUCGGGCUCGGGCGCGCCCUGCUCACGCGCAAAACCUUCCGCCCCAGUUUCUGGGCUCUGGGCCGCUUCGGCGUCCUGUCCGCCGUGGUGACCUUUCUCUGGAACGGGUUCGCCUUUGCGGUGCUCUGCGCGCCGCAGUACGGCGACGCCGCCAUCUCCGCGGAACCCAGUCUGUUCAACUACUCCAUUGUCAUCAUGGCGGGGAUCACGGUCAUCGCCCUCGAAGAGUGGUGGCGCAAGUCCCGCGACGACUGGUUCGGCAACCUCAAGGACGACCAGUCGUAUGCUGCCUCGGAGCAGACCGUUUCUCCCAAGACCGACGGCGUCACUGUGUGA